AAAAGAAAAAGCCUCGAGGGGGGAGCCGUGCGGUGGGGGGGGUCCCGAAACCAUCUUAUAAACCGGAUUGCACGGAGCGAGGAGGAAAAACAACAACAAAAAAAAGAAAGAUACAAAAUAUCCCAGCGAAAGGCGACCGCCCGCCGGCUGCGGCAGCCGCCCGCCCCCCGCCCCGCGCUCCCGCUGGCCUCGGGCUGCCUUUGUGUCGGAGCCCCGCGCCCCAGCCCGGCGCAGGCGGCGGCUGCAGCGCGGCGCGGACCAUGCCCAGCUCGCUCUUCGCCGACAUGGAGAGGAACGGCAGCGGCGGCGGCGGCGGCGGAGGAGGAGGCGGAGGGGGAGAGACCCUGGAUGACCAGCGAGCCCUGCAGAUCGCCCUGGACCAGCUCUCCCUGCUGGGGCUGGACAACGACGAGGCGGGCUCCAUUUACGACAGCGAGCCUCGGAAAAAGAGCGUGAACAUGACGGAGUGCGUGCCGGUGCCCAGCUCGGAGCACGUCGCGGAGAUCGUGGGCAGGCAAGGUUGUAAAAUCAAAGCUCUGCGGGCAAAGACCAACACCUACAUCAAGACCCCGGUGCGCGGGGAGGAGCCGCUCUUUGUUGUGACGGGCAGAAAGGAAGAUGUGGCCAUGGCCCGCAGGGAGAUCAUCUCGGCGGCGGAGCACUUCUCCAUGAUCCGAGCCUCGCGGAACAAGAACACGGCCCUGAAUGGCACCGUCCCCGGCCCCCCCAACCUGCCCGGCCAAACCACCAUCCAGGUGCGGGUGCCUUAUCGCGUGGUGGGUUUGGUCGUGGGGCCCAAAGGAGCCACGAUUAAGCGCAUCCAGCAGCAGACGCACACCUACAUUGUGACACCCAGCCGGGACAAGGAGCCGGUCUUCGAGGUGACGGGCAUGCCCGAGAACGUGGACCGGGCACGGGAGGAGAUUGAGGCGCACAUCGCCAUGCGAACCGGCGGCAUCAUCGAGCUGACGGACGAGAACGACUUCCACGCCAACGGCACGGAUGUUGGCUUCGAGCUGAAUGGCACGGGCAGCCUGUGGAGCAAGCCCACGCCGCCCAGCAUCACGCCCACCCCGGGCCGCAAGCCCUUCUGCAACUACCGCAACGACAGCUCCAGCUCGCUGGGCAGCGCGUCCACCGAUUCCUACUUCGGAGGUGGCACGGGGGGCGGCGGGGCCCGCCUGGCCGACUACAGCCCCCCGAGCCCGGCACUCAGCUUCACCCACAACGGCAACAACAACAACAACAGUGCCAACGGCUACGUCUAUGGCGGAGGUGGUGGGGAUGUGCUCUCCUCCCCAGACUGCUGCUCCGAGCUGCCCUUCGACUCGCCACCUGGCUUCGACCUGGCACCCGCCCCGCCGCCCGGGGCUGCCCUCCUCUGGCCGCAGUUUGAGCGCGGCCCUGCAGCCGCACCGCCCUCGCCCGCGCCCUCGCCCGCCGCCGCCGCCUUCCCGGGCGCUGUGCCCGCCAAUGCCAACCUGGCGCUGCUGGUGAGCGGCCCGAGGCGGGGCGGCAGCGCUCCGCCCCCGGCACGGCUCUCCCCGCCCCUGCACGGCAGCGCGGCGGCGGCGGGGCCCGAGCACCCGCUGGCACGCCGGGUGCGCAGCGACCCGGGCGGGCGGCUGCUGGCUGCCUCCUACCCGCUGUACGCCAACGGGCUGGGCGGCCAUCUGCCAGGUCUGCCCUCCGAUUCAUCAGCUUCCUCCUCUUCCUCGUCCAGCUCGUCGUCCAGCUCGUCCUGCUCGUCGUCGGGCGUGCGGCGGAAGGGCAGCCGCGACUGCUCGGUGUGCUUCGAGAGCGAGGUGAUCGCGGCGCUGGUGCCCUGCGGCCACAACCUCUUCUGCAUGGAGUGCGCCAACCGCAUCUGCGAGAAGACGGAGCCGCAGUGCCCCGUGUGCCACAGCGCCGUCACCCAGGCCAUCCGCAUCUUCUCCUGAGCCCGGCGGCCGGCUGGGUGCUGUGCGGUGCAUGCUAUACAUAAUAACGGGCGACUCCAUUCUAGUGCUAGGCUAGUUUUUACACUGUACUUUAAUACGAAGCUUCCAAAUCUUCCCUCUUUUUUU